AUGAAGCUGCGUGCCAGGAGCCCAGCCUUCCGCCGGUGGAAACUGGAUAACCUGGAAAUCAGCAGCCACGAAGAACGCGACGUGCGUAGCCGUGACCGGGAGGGUUCGUAUUCAACCCAGAUGACUCCCCGGUUCCAACGCCUUCUCCCAUGGACAACGCCGAGUAACCAGUCCAGCAAAAUAUUUCCUUCUACGCCUCUGCCACACCAGGCAGUGGAUCCGGGAUGUACUUUGCACACGCCUGGGCUGAGCAUGCCUGGUACUGAUAGCGGAAGGGUCCAUGACACAGACGUCGGCGCUGCUCCUACGACCGAAUCGUUGUCUCUGCCCAGCGGAGUGUCACCUGUCGUGGACGAAAACAGUCCUGUUAAGAAGCUAAAAAGAAAACGAGUUGCUCCUGAAUUAAUACAAGAAGAGCCUUUGAAUACCCUGCCGGCUCCGAUUGCAACUGAGGCCGAUAUCAUAAGUAGCGAUUCUUUGAACUCUUAUCCAUGGGAUACUGCUGAUGCAUUUGCAUAUCUUGGACCUGGAGCCAUUUCUAAGAGGGAGGUCAAAUCGCACUUAGAUGCUUUAACCCUCCAGAUUCAAGGGGAAGGUGAUGCCCUUUGCACACCAGCACCCACCCGAUUCCCCCCUGGCAGACGGCUUGCUAUCAACAAGAUUAUGAGACGUGUCUUGGUGGAAAACGGCAGGAAAAUAGCCAUGGCGGAUGCUGGAGUGGACCUCGGCGCUUUGAGACAGUCAUCUACUGAAGAUGAUAAGGUUCUGGACCUAGAUGAUAUCCCAGAUGAAGUCGAUGAGGAAACCUUGAGAGAGAUGGAAGCUGAAAAGACUGAACUAGCUCAGAUGUCUGAAAAUCUUGAAGGGAGUAACGCCUCGAAAAGACUACCACAAGAUCGAGUACGACAACUUCUAGACGAAUCGGUUUUAGAAAUGACGAACAACUGGACUGAGAAGAAGAGGCCAAGAUAUCUAAACAAAGCCAACGCUUUAUGGGUUGGUGCAUCCAAACAGGGCGCCAAGACGCAUUGCAUUUUGGAAGCUAGGGCACAAGCCAAGUUCUAUGACGAAAGGAUUAAGAAAUUGGAGAGAGGCAUUUUGAAACAAACUUGGGAAAAAGAAAAGCAUGUUCGAUUCCAGGCACGCUUGCUGGAGCAAAAUGUCGAAGACAAGCUUUACCAGUGUUGGUUAGCAGACACUCUGGAGUCUCGAUUCCCACCGCCCAAGCCAAUUUCACUGCCCAAGCGCUCCGUUACACGUCCAAAAAGAACAAAUAUAGAGAUGUCGGAUGGGGAAGUCCUGACUAGUUCAGAUGAGGACGCAUUCAUCGUUGAUGAUGACGAGCCCAUUCCACCAAUCACACCAAUCAAGGAGGCUCGGUCUGCUAUUCUCAGCAGAGUCAAUCGAACACCAAGCCCAAUUCUGGCCGAGUCUCCAGUGUAUAUUGAUCUUACUCAGACCGCAUCUACCCGAGCUUCGUCUCCCGUUAAGUGGUCUACAAAGGUUGUUGACCCAGUGGACUUGGACACUCCUACAAAAGUGCGACCCGACAGCACUCCCGUGAUCAAAGAAGAUCCCAGCGGAGAUGAGUCAGUUAAGCACCCACAAGCUUCAUCAUGGGCUGAAAAGUACCGAGAUGUCGAAAAGAUCAUCAGCUUCCCUAUCAGCCACUGGACCAAAGAGAAGGAACGGUUCGCUCUAACAAUUACUCUACUAUGGAAGCUAGGGCACUCGCGAAGAUCUGCAAUUUUUGAACACGUUCGAGUCUCUGAGGCACAUGGGUCAUUCAAAGCCACAAUUCUGAAGCACAUAUCUGAUCCCCUCAAAGACUUGGAUCGUCUGCGAUCCACAACCCCGGAGUCUCUGGCAUUUGAUGUGUCCAGAUUGUUUUUGUGUUUUCUCAAGAUAAAAAACCUCAAAGAGACUCGAUUAGCAGAUCUAAAGCCUUCCCAAAUUACAAAGCUCAAGGCAAAAGAAAACCACACCUCCUGGAAUAUCUUUCAUGCAUUCCUCAAGAAAAUGGCGCCACUGUUCCCCCAGGAUAACCAGAUUUAUAGGGAGGAAGAGUUUGACGAUGAUGAAGUACUUGGUGAUGAUGCUGGUGAGGAUGAGGCUUCUUUGCUUGGGCAAGUGCAAAGGUCCAAACCUCCUCGAAAGGCUGCACCCAAGGAAAUCGUGCGCAAUAAAGAGGCUGUAGACAUCAGAGAGCGCGAAAUCCGUCGACAAGAGGAGCAGGAGGCCCGAAGACUUCGACUUCGUGCAAAUUUGGGAGUGAAUGGCCAGAUUGCCUCCGACAAAUCUCGGUUGAUCAUAAACGAGAGUAAGCAAGACGACCAAUCAUUUAUUUAUAUUAACAAUGAGAUUGGCACUAGAAUCAAAGAUCAUCAAAUUAAUGGCGUUCGAUUCAUGUGGAAUCAGAUCAUACAGGAUCCUGAACUUCGCCAAGGAUGCCUCCUGUCGCAUAGUAUGGGCCUCGGAAAGACAAUGCAAGUCAUCACACUGCUUGUGGCGAUUCAAGAAUCAAGCAAGUCUUCCGACCAGAGUAUAGUCUCGCAAAUCCCGGAAGACCUUCGUCGGUCAAAGACCCUGGUGACAUGCCCAGCCGGGCUGGUGAAUAACUGGGUGGACGAGAUUCUGACUUGGGACACUGACCGAAUUCUUGGAGAUCUUCAUGUGAUUGAUUCGACGCUUUCUAUAGAAGAUCGCCUUAGUGUCGUUCAAGAGUGGUCCCAGACUGGUGGUGUUUUGGUCAUCGGAUAUCCCAUGCUGCGAAAAGUGUCGCUUGAAUUAGACAAAGGACGAUCUAUGCUAUCUAUUUUUGACGAGCCAAACAUUGUUAUUGCUGAUGAAGCUCACACGCUCAAGAAUCCUAAGUCGAAGCUUCACUUGGUUUGCUCCCGCUUUCGAGCAACCAGUCGGAUCGCUAUGACCGGGUCACCCCUGGCCAACAAUAUUGAGGAAUAUUACUUCAUGAUCAAUUGGGUAGCUCCAAAUUUCCUCGGUCCUGUGGAAGAGUUCCGUGAAAUUUAUUCGAAUCCUAUACAGCACGGCGUGGAUAAAGGAAGCUCAGGCGUCGAUAAACGCAAAGCAUUGAAAAAGCUUGAGGCUCUGAAACAGAUCGUGUCCCCAAAAGUACAUCGGGCCACAAUGAAAACCUGCAUGCAAAAAGACUUGCCGCCGAAACAGGAGUUUGUUCUCUGCGUUAAGCCCAAGCCUUUGCAGGUCAAGCUCUAUAAUCUUUUUGCACAAGUCAUUCGUGGUGAAUCAGUGGGUGAUAUACAGGGCGAGGCGGAAUUGCAAGGCGCAGUCUUUCGUGUCACAAACGAUCUUACGUUGCUCUGCAAUCACCCUUAUGCAUUCUACGAAAAGGCGAUCGAGAGCCAGGAUUCACACAAGACAAAAUCUAAGCCAAGGGCAGGCUUUCCUCCCAGCAUCAUACCUGCCGUGUUAGCAGAGUUUGCCGGAGUGGAGGCCAGAUGUCCAUCCUUGUCCACAAAAAUUGAGCUUCUCAUACAAAUAUUGGAUGAUGCCAAAAGGUCGAAAGACAAAGUGCUGGUGUUCAGUCACUCAAUACCCACGUUGAAUUACUUGUCUAAGCUAUUUCAAGAGCAGAAGCGCUGCUUUAGCCGUCUGGAUGGUGGUACCCCUAUAGCGAAACGCCAAGAUGAGAUCAAGAAGUUCAACGCAAAUCAAACAGAGCUCUAUCUUAUCUCCACAAGAGCCGGCGGCGUAGGUCUCAAUAUCCAAGGCGCUAACAAAGUGGUGAUCCUUGAUUCUAAGUGGAAUCCGGUGCACGAGCAACAAGCUAUCGGACGCUCAUAUCGAAUUGGCCAAAGCAAGCCUGUCAGUGUCUACUAUUUUGUUACUGCAGGAACGUUUGAACAAGACCUUCAUGGGAGAGCGAUUUUCAAGACACAGCUGGCGACUCGAGUUGUUGACAAGAAAAACCCAAUCAGCUGGGGUAACAGAGUGACAGAACUCAAGCAUGAUAUCAAAGAAAUCAGGAAAGAGAACUUGACACAGUUUCUAGGAAGAGACUCUAUUCUUGACAGAUUAAUUGCGUAUGGUACCGAAAAUGAUGCUAUUCGCAAGAUCAUGUCCACCGAGACUUUUGAGGAAGAGGAUGUUAAGGCUCCGUUGUCGGCGGAGGAGCAAAAGGAGGCUAACGACAUGGCUGCAUUGAACGCACUUCGAAUGACAGAUCCUGAAGAAUAUAGGAGAAGGCAGCGAGAGAUGGAAGAGAGGCAGUUUCGACAUCACGCCUCAUAUAAGGAGCAGAGUUCCUCAUCCUCAAAGAAUAAUGAGACUGUGGUUGAGGUCAGGCGAACCUUGGAUGGUGCUACCGACAUUCCGAUAGGCGUGACCUCACUUAUCCAAAACCAAGCCCAACCCCAACCCCAAGCGCCACCAGCACCAGCACUGCGAUCGAUAAUUGAAAGCACGGUGUUGCCUCCGUCUAUAAGUGCUCCCGGGGGAACCGCUGUGUCAACGCCGUUUCUCCUCCCCAUACUUGGGGCUCAUACCUACUUUGGAAAGGACACAAGUCAAGCUCCGCAGGCAAAGAAACAACAAGAAGUUGGGCAGAACAGACCCGUGUCUGGAUCACCAGGUUCGACGGCGAAACACUCGAUGAACCCCUUCAUUUCUCAGAUUAAAAAUCCGGGCAAGGCAGAGUUUAAGGAAAAGUUGUACAAGAAGCUAGAGACCAUCCCAAAUGAAUCUCUUGCGUACUUGGAUACGCCGCGGUUCGAAGUUGUGGAAAAGGUGAUUGAGACGAUAGAUGCAAUUCGCAAGGGCCGCAAGUUUGGGUUUCUGCCAGAUAAUCAACAUUGGCGGGCGCUUGGAAAUUUUGUUGAACAGGACAGAUUUGUUUGGGCUGUCAUGUCUGGGCAACUUGAGGCGUCGUAUCUGGCGCUAACUGAUGCUGGGGAAUUGGACAAGUAUCUCAGCACGUUGGGCAGCCCAUCAUCAAAAGACUGUGUGGCCCAGGCUCAGGCUCAGAAGCAGACGGCGGCACAGGAGGCCAAACACUGA